AUGAAAGGAACACAAGCCAUUAGUGUGACUCUUCUCAUGUCAUUUCUUGUUCUAGCGACUAGAGGAAAAGAUGUGAGCUAUAGAAUGCAAGAGGAAGACAGUACUCAGAUUCUCACUUAUCAAGGAGUUAAUAAAACCAUUCAGAUGGAAGACGGAGACGUCUAUGACUGCAUCGAUGUGUAUAAGCAACCGGCAUUUAACCACCCAUUGUUGAAAGACCAUAAAAUCCAGAUGAAACCAAGGUCUUUCCCUGUUUGGAAGGAUACCCAAACAUUUCCUUCGGAUUCUUUUUCACAAGUGCAACCAUCUAUCAUCAAGUGCCCAACAGGAACAAUUCCAAUACUGCGUAGUAAUGCAAGUAGCACCAUAGCAACACACAAUAUUGAUGGGCUAAAAAAUGAUAUGCAAUGGGAGAGGGCGGGACUCAGAUACAUUGGUGAUUUAUUUGGGGCGCGUGCUCUAAUAAAUGUUUGGGAGCCAAAGGUUAAUAAAGGUAGCCAGGAUUCUAGUGCACUUUGGAUAAAUAUUGAAAAUGGAAGAGGACAACACACGGAUCGGAUGGGCGCUGGUCUUCGGGUAUCUCCAACAUUGAGUCGUGAUGCUUUUGUUAGAUUUCAUGUUGCUUGGUACGAUGGCUAUUCAAAGAAGUCAUGCAUUGACUUCAACUGUCCUGGAUAUGUGCAAGUCCACCACAACGUUGCUCCUGGAUCAAGAAUUCAACCAUCCUCUAUCUAUGGUGGAGUACAGAAAGUAGUAGACGUUCAAAUAUUCAAGGAGCCGACAUCAGGCCAUUGGUGGGUGAGUGUCAAUAAAAUACCAAUUGGAUAUUGGCCGGGCGGAUUAUUCAAAUUCAUUAGAUACAAGGGUGAUUUCGCGUUCUGGGGCGGGCAGGUUGAGGGGCCGACUGCCGCAUCAAACUCUCCGCAAAUGGGUAGCGGGCAAUUUGCUUCGGAAGGAUUCAGAAAAGCGGCGUUCAUGGAAGGCAUUGAGAUUGCUGAUGAUAAGGGCUGGUUUGUGACCCCGGAUAUAUCUCGAGUGAAGCAUGGGUCGAGCGAUCGGUCCAAAUACACCGCCGAUGGAUUUGAAGUUACAAAGGAUUUAGGUAUGCGUAUCUUCUAUGGUGGACCAGGGUCCAAGAGGGCCUGA